AUGCAGCAACCCCCGAGGGCCUCGACAGAGAUAGAAACCAUCACGGGAGAGAAUGCCCCAGCAGCACCAAACACAAGCAACAACCGCCUCACAUACUGGGAUACCUCGACGGGACCUCCAGGGCCGCAAGACGAUUCCAAAUACCCCGGUGGGCUAUGGUCCGUAGGGGGCAGUACUACUGUGUCUCUUGCUGGGAACCCUACUACACUCUCCGACGAAGAGCCUUCCACAUGGCAGGCAAGCCUGUCCAGACACAUGAAAUGCAAUGUCAAUACGCACCGCACCGAUAUCUUUCUCGUCAUGUGUGGCUUCGUUAGUGGUCUCAUUGACGGUCUGUCCUUCAAUGCAUGGGGCAGUUUCUCCAGUAUGCAAACAGGAAAUACGGUCUUCAUAGCUCUAGGUGCCUCCGGUCAGCCCGCGUACCCCGCCUAUCUCUGGGCCAAGUCCUUGAUUGCCCUUACUGUCUUCCUCAUUGGGAACGUUGCCUUCAUCCGCAUCGGCCGCGCUCUGGGUGCUAAACGUCGGUCAUCCUUGGUACUCUCCUUCGGCGUGCAAACGGCCUGCAUUUUGGUCGCCGCGCUCCUGGUCCAAUUAGAAAUUGUGGAUCCUCGACCGGAAGACCCUCGCGCCCCGAUCCAGUGGAUGCAAGUGCUACCAAUCUCGCUACUAGCCUUCCAGGCCGCGGGUCAAAUCACUGCAUCGCGGAUCUUGGAGUACGACGAACUCCCUACUGUUGUGCUUACGACUCUUCUCUGCGACUUACUCGUCGAUCCCAACCUGAGCGCCCCGCUCAAGGCAAACGGUAAACGCAACCGGCGGAUCGGAGGAUUCCUCUCUCUCUUCCUAGGCGCCAUGACGGCAGGAGGUCUAUCCAAGGUGUCCGAAAUGGCAGCGAGUCUAUGGUUUGCUAUGGGUAUUAAACUAGUCAUCACUGUCAGUUGGUUUGUCUGGAAGGGAGAGCGAAGCAAGAAGGUGGAGGGCAUCGGGUCUGUAUGA